GAUCCGAUUGAUGCUUCAAUGGCUGCAGACUUAUUUCGAACUACUUCCAAUUGAAAAACAUCCCGCCGGCUUCUUCCUCCUGUCCUCCCCCUCGAUCUUCCCACCCUUACUGUCCACCGAUCCCCGGCGCAAAUUGCACAGUGUCUGUAUGAUUCAUGAGGUGGGGUGUCUGUCGCUGCCAUAUGUUCCCGAGCACCUCUAUUAGUCAUUUACGCUCGGCUUGAAUCAAAUAUUCUGCCACGGCGGGCUAGACCAGAGGAGAGGGGACACUAAGUCAAGGGCCUUCACUUCCCUGCCUUGACCAGCCGAAUCCAGCACAAGUUCCAACUAUACACAGGUCGACCCUGACCCGGCACUCGUGCGGGCGAUGGGAGGCGAUGCCUAUCGCGCGCGCGAGUGACCGUCCCUGGCUCCGCGCGCGUUUUCCGCCACCCGGUCAAAUCGUGCUUUCCUCUCUCUCCCGAAAACCAAUUACCAGAGAUGGAUGAGAUGGGUGUAAGACGGCCCAGGGACAUGACACGCAUAAGAAGCUCUUGCUGUGCAUAUAUCAUGUCUUUCGCGUGUCGUCCGUCUCUGGAUCCCCGGCGCGCAGUACUACAUAUACGGCUCGAGCUAGGCUCUGCUCCGCUAUAGAUGGCGUACACGAUCUUCCCGAGUCUCCCCGUCCAGGCGCUCAUCGCCGUCGUCCAUCUCGUUGGCAUGACGAUCAUCUCCAUCUUCCUCGCGCUGCGCGUCUCCGAAUGCGGGCCCUUCUCUUGGAGCAGCUUCAGUCCCUCGGUGGUCAGGAGGACGCUGGGGGAGGUGUUCUCGCCCCGCACGUACACGCUCCUUGUAUUUCUUACGUCCUAUCUCUUUCUCUUCGUCUCAAGUUUCCUAAUAUUCGGUCUCGGGCUACAGCUCGACGCCGCCUCGUGCGGGUCUGCGAUCUACCUCUGCGUGACGUUCUACACGACGUCCAAGGUGCUCAUAUACAUCUUCCUGUCGGAGCGUGUGCACAUCGUGUGGGACACAGGCACAGAGCGCGUGCGGUCUCCCGUUUAUCUCGUGUGCGCGGUCACUGUGGCGAUGUAUGUCGGAGUAGUGGUCGCUGUGUUCGUCGGCCGCAUCGAUGAAUUUAGGGCGGGUGACGGUGCAUGUGUGAUUGGGCUCAAGACCGUCGCGUCUAUUCCGCUCCUUUCCUACGAUCUAUACGUUAACAUUCUUUUAACGGGACUUUUCCUAUACCCGAUCUUUCGCUCAAGCAGGCGAAACCCGCGGCUGCGGCGCGUUGCCAUCCACACCGUAGUAGCAGCAGGGAUCGCCCUCUCCACGUCGACAGUCAACAUUGCCGUCCUGACCGUCAUGCAUGGGCGACAACUUGGGUGGCUGUGUCUUACCAACUGCGCGACCGACGUGAUCAUCAACUCGGCGGCGCUCUUCUGGGUGACGUCCCGCCCCAGCGCGUCCGACAUGGACUCCGAUCCGCAGUUGGCCGACGUCGAGGUGGACGUGUCGAUCAAUGUGAACGAACCCGACCCCGAGCGCACGACCACCGCAAAGAGCAGGACCGGGGCGCAGCCGCAGCGGAGUACGCAUCUUCUUACGAGUAUCGUGCGGAGCUUUCGUGGCACGUCGCUCAAGUCCGACAGCAGCAGCAGGAGGAGCAGCAGUAGUUUCACCAUGCCCUCCAUGACGGAGGUCGAGAUACACGUUUCGACGCAUUCGUCCGUCGAGUCGCACCCUUUACCACGGAACCUAGCUCAGCUAGAGAUGGCGAGAGUGUGGCAGCAACAGCGGCACCACGGAAUUUGACGGGACGGGAUCACCUGGGAUACUUAUACAUAACAUAAUAGCAUACUCAAGAGGGAGAUGUUUUAUAGAUGUAAGAAUGAAGUGUAAUACUCCGGAUGCAAAAUGGACUAUACCGGAGUCGAACCGAUGACCUCCCGCAGACACUCUAGUGCGAAGCGGACGCGCUACCAACUGCGCUAACAGCCCUUGCCGGCAGC